AUGCAACGAGAGAAAAGUCUGAGGAUCCAGGCUGAAGCUGACAAGCACGAGGCCGUCGAGAUCGCAGAGGAGCUUUUUGAGAUCAUUGAGAAACUGCAGAAGAACCUGGUGGAAUUAUCUCUCAACACUCAAGCCCUGGAAGCAUUUCAGCUAGUACUACAAGAUAUCACAGAGCAUCAGAAAACACUGAAGAAAGAGUCGCUCCUGGAGGGUCGUCACCACAGGCUGGAGGAGCGUCGUGAUUCUUCAGAGAUCAAAAAAUAUAGUUCUACCACUGAAUCUUCAAUGGGCAGAGUGAGGAGUCAGCGCCUACUUCUCCAACCUCAAGAGCAGACGGCAGCAGAAGGCUCAGGCGUCCUUAAAGAGGGCCACAUCUCCAAAAAACUCAGCUUUCUUCACUGCUUCAUCUGA